AUGUGCCAAUGCCACCGCCCGAGGCGUGACCCAUGCUCAGCUGCUAAUAAUAACGAUGUGAUCGUAACCCACACCGCCAUCAAAUGGGAAGUUCAUUUCCAACUGAAAAUGCUCACCGGCCAAGUCACACUGACCUGCUCAAUGCUGCACAAAACAGACAGAAUCCUGCUAGAUGUGCGUGACCUCUCCAUCCGCUCGGUCACUGUGAAUGGGAAGAUUGUGGAUUUUCGUAUUGCUCCCAAUGUCUACACAUUUUUCGGAUCUAAAAUGACCAUAUAUCUUCCGUUGGAGUUUCAAGAAGAGGGUCGUGAGCUAAGUGUCGUUGUGGUCUACAGUACUUCACCGGAAGCUACUGCCCUUCAGUGGAUGCGAAAAGAGCAGACUGCGGAUCAGAAGGCUCCCUACCUCUUCUCACAAUGCCAAGCAAUCCAUGCACGGUCUAUUCUUCCUUGUAUGGACACUCCUUCAGUGAAAUCGACCUACGAAGCACAGGUGACUGUCUCGAACGGCCUAACUUGCUUGAUGAGUGCAAUCGGUGAAGGGUCAAAAGCCGAUGAAGAUUUUACUAUGUUCUUUUUCAAGCAACCGGUUGCUAUACCAUCGUAUCUCAUUGCAAUCGUCGUGGGAGCUAUGGAAAAAAGAGACAUCAGCGAAAGAGUUGCCGUAUGGGCUGAACCUUCCAUAGUGGACAAAGCACAUUGGGAGUUCUCCGAGACUGAGGAUAUACUCGCAUGCGCAGAAGAGAUGGCCGGAAAAUAUAUCUGGGGAAGAUACGAUAUGGUUUGCCUCCCACCAUCAUUUCCCUUUGGUGGAAUGGAAAAUCCUUGCCUCACUUUUCUCACGCCAACACUCAUUGCUGGUGAUCGCUCGUUAGUCAGUGUCAUUGCACAUGAGAUUGCUCAUAGUUGGUCUGGAAAUUUAGUGACAAACAGCAGCUGGGAGCAUUUCUGGCUCAAUGAAGGCUUCACAAUGUUUAUCGAAAGGAAAAUCUGUGGACGUCUUGUCAGUGAAGACUAUAGACAAUUCAUGGCCUUUAAUGGAUGGACUAACGCUCUUAAGCCAGCGGUCUACGAACAAUUCACUCCGACGCACCAGUUCACAAAGCUCAUUCAAGACCAUACCAAUGUCGAUCCUGAUGUUGCUUUUUCUUGCGUUCCAUACGAAAAGGGAUCAGCUCUGCUUUUUUAUUUGGAACAGAAGCUUGGAGGACCUGAAAUAUUUGAAGAAUAUCUCCGUGACUACAUUAACACAUUCGCUCACAAAGCUAUCGAUAGCUAUCAAUGGAAGAAGCAUCUACACGAGUAUUUUGUAGACAAAAAGGCUAUACUCAGCACAGUGGACUUUGAUGCAUGGUUCUACGCCGUUGGAAUGCCUCCGGAAAAACCAAAGUAUGGUCAAGCAAUGGUCAUAGCUUGCGAAGCGCUUUUCAAACAAUGGAUUGAUUCUAAUGAAGAGGAAUCUGCUAGAAUUACUGUUGACACUUAUAAAAGUAUGCAACCAUUGCAGCAAAUUGAAUUUAUCAGCCAACUAUGGCAGCAUGACCCACCUAUCGAGCAUUGGAAGCUCGAAGCACUCAACAAUCUGUAUAGCCUCAAUGACUCAGAGAAUUGUGAAAUCCUUUUGAACUGGAUUCGGCUUUGCGUGAAAGCAAAAUGGGAGCCAAUUAUAGACAAAGCGCUCAAAUUUGUCACAUCUCAAGGCAGACUAAAGUAUUGUCGACCAGUUUACAGAGACCUGACCGCUUGGCCAGCGGCAAGAAGUCGUGCUCGUGAUGCGUACAUCAAAACUCGUUCAUCCAUGCAUCCAAUCACUGCCGAGAUGAUCGCUAAGGAUCUGCACAUGCGACAUUCCACACAUACCGUAUGCUUCUGAGAGACAGAGAGAAGAAGC